GCAUCGGAAAUCUCGCGCAGAAGCAAUGGAUCGAGCCGCGUUCUGCCGAUGCGCGCGAGUCGCUAUCAAACGAAGGACGUAGGUGGUGUGCGAGCCGCGGCGAAUCCAUCGGAUUUAGUUAAUGUCCAGCGCUCCGUGGACUCGGAUGUCGCACCGGCUGCGGUUAGCCAUGACAGACGAGCUCGCCUAAUCGCACGCCAAACACCACACUUCCUUCCUGCCAACGUUCCACGAGUCUCUUGAUCGUACAUCGGGUAACCUGUAGCGCAGCGAGCGAUCCAUAACGGCACAGAGAGUGAGAGAGGGAAAAUCUCGUUGGUCGACAAACGCUCGCUUCUCCAUACGGAAAAGUGCGCGGAGAAGUAUGCUUUGACCGAUUUCCGAUCCAGUCGGAAACCAGUCCACGAUCCCGGGAGUCUUCCCAUGAUCCAUACCUCGAGAGAUCGUUCGUCGGAAGACAGCUGUCUUUUCUAACUCAAUCCUCACUUUCCGAUCUUUCUCAGCUUCGGUUUCCAAGUUUCACGCGCGUAUGUCGGUGACCAAUCGCGAAACAGCUACGUUCGCACGUGACUGAACGAUAUCGACGCUGUUUAGCGACCGGCGUGAAACGCUCGAUCCACGUGGACUCGACCGUCCUCGCGUCGCCAUCGCGAGGCCUCUACGUGGAUUUUUCAACCACAACUCCGUUCGAUUUCGCGCCGCGAGUACGUUAUAUUCGCCGUGAGACGAAUAACGUGGAUCGAAUAACGUGUAAGGAGCAACGUGAGACGACUUUAUGAGACACGCCGAUAGAAGAGGUCACCCCGAGAGACGAGUGUCUCUCGUUCAUCGAUCGUUGGAUCCACGAGAUCAUCGCAUUUGACCGUCCAGAGGGUCUCGAUCGAAGACUGAAGAGCACUCGAGGAAAGUAUCGGAAAGUAAAUAGAGGAGGAGAGAAGAGGUCAAAGGAACGUUGGAAACGGAGUAGAAGCGAGUAGAGAGGAAAUCCAAGGGUUGCCUUUUUCCGUGGAUUAUGGAACAAGGGCAGGACGCAAAAAUGGUGAAAAGCUCGGCGGACUACGUGAAGGCCAUUGAGAGCGGGAUUCAGCCUACUCAGGUCAUCGAGACCAAAGUGUACAAACGACGAUGGCUGAUCCUGAUGAUCUUCGUGCUGUACAGCGCCAGCAACGCGAUGCAGUGGAUACAGUACAGCAUCAUCGAAAACAUCUUGAUGCCGUAUUACAACGUGUCAAGCUUCGCAGUGGACAUGACCAGCAUGAUAUUCAUGAUUACGUACAUUCCAUUCAUCUUCCCAGCGAGUUAUCUGUUGGAUAAAUUCGGACUCAGGUUAGCCGCCCUGGUAGGUGCCAUCGGAACGGCGCUUGGAGCUUGGAUAAAAGUGUUCAGCGUGAGUCCAGAUAGGUUCUGGGUCACUUUCGUCGGCCAGACCCUGGUCGCCGUGAGCCAAACGUUCGUCUUGUCGGUCCCAGCUCGUUUAGCUGCUGUUUGGUUCGGUCCGGACCAGGUCAGCAGCGCUUGCAGCAUCGGCGUUUUUGGAAAUCAGUUGGGCAUAGCGAUCGGUUUCCUCUUCCCACCGAUGCUGGUGCAAAAUAGCGACGAUGUGGAUGUAACUGGCCGAGGAUUGCAAGUGAUGUUCUAUAUCGUGGCUGCCUUUACCACCAUUAUUCUGGUCCUCAUAAUUAUCUUUUUCAAGUCUGAACCACCGCUUCCUCCGAGUCCAGCGCAAGCGGUGCAAAGGGAGACAGAAUCCACGGAAAGCUUCCUUUUCUCUGUAAAGAAACUAGUCACAAACGUGGGUUACUUGUUGCUGUUGCUCAGCUAUGGAAUCAACGUGGGCGUAUUCUAUGCCAUUAGCACACAUCUCAAUCAUAUAGUCAUUACAUACUUCCCUAAUCAGCAAGAAGACGCUGGAAGGAUCGGUUUAACCAUCGUCUGCGCUGGGAUGUUGGGUUCCGUGGUAUGUGGCAUCGUGCUGGACAAAACGCACAAAUUCAAAGAGACGACACUAGGGGUUUACCUUCUGUCCUUCAUUGGCAUGAUCGUAUUCACGUUCACUCUGGACACCAGUCAGAUAUACAUCGUUUACAUAACAUCCGGCAUGUUGGGAUUCUUCAUGACAGGCUACCUGCCGGUGGGUUUCGAGUUCGCUGCAGAGCUGACAUAUCCGGAACCAGAAGGAACGUCCACGGGUCUGUUGAAUGCGGUGUGUCAAAUCUUUGGUAUCAUCUUCACGAUGCUCUAUGGCCACCUCUUCACCAUUCUGGGUGACUUCUGGGCGAACAUCUUCCUCUGUGGCACAUUGGCCCUUGGCUCAUUCCUCACUAUUAUCAUUCCGAACGAUCUUCGAAGGCAAAACGCCAAGUUUUAAACGCUAAUCUUCCACAGUCGAAGAUUGAGAGAUAGAAAGUCAGAGAAUGAUCGACUAGUCUUAUUUGUGAUUGAUGAUAUUGCGAAAAUAGAGCUUCCGUGUUUGGUUAUGGAUAUUUAAGGUAGACGAGAAAUGAAUUGUUAAAGGUUGUUAAGAGAUGAUUGAUUCUGUUAGAAUGCCAGAUAAGAUUCUACAGGAUUUCGCAACCCACGUUCUCAGCCGUUGUUAUUAUUAUUCUUUUACUCUUUGUGU